AUUGGCUGCUGCGGGCGCCUCGCCGGCUGAUGGCUAUGAAGGUGGCGCCGGUUGAUGGUUGACCGGUCGUUGGUUCCUGGGCAGGGGUCGCCGCGCGUGCGAUCGGCUCACACAGGACCAGAGGGCGCGGACUGCUACAGCUCAACCUGGAACCCACCGGCGAGACCAGGCUCCGCCCGGCCAUGCCCGCCGGGAGCAACGAGCCGGACGGCGUCCUCAGCUAUCAGAGAGCAGAUGAGGAAGCUGUGGUGGAUCAGGGUGGCACCAGCACAAUCCUCAACAUUCACUAUGAGAAGGAAGAGUUGGAAGGUCAUAGAACUCUGUAUGUGGGGGUUCGGAUGCCGCUGGGGAGGCAGAGCCAUAGGCACCACCGAACUCAUGGCCAGAAGCACCGGAGACGAGGAGGGCGGGGCAAAGGAGCCAGCCAGGGCGAGGAGGGCACGGAAGCCUUGGCCCACGACACCCCGUCUCAGCGUGUUCAGUUCAUUCUUGGCACUGAGGAAGACGAGGAACACGUCCCUCAUGAGCUGUUCACGGAGCUGGACGAGAUCUGCAUGAAGGAGGGGGAGGAUGCCGAGUGGAAGGAGACGGCCAGGUGGCUGAAGUUUGAAGAGGACGUCGAGGACGGGGGAGAGCGUUGGAGCAAGCCUUACGUGGCCACGCUCUCUCUGCACAGCCUGUUUGAGCUGAGGAGCUGCCUCAUCAAUGGCUCUGUCCUUCUGGACAUGCGUGCAAGUAGCAUAGAGGAGAUCUCAGACUUGAUCCUGGACCAGCAGGAGCUGCUCCGAGACCUGAGCGACAGCGUGCGGGUUAAAGUGCGGGAGGCCUUGCUGAAGAAACACCACCAUCAGAACGAGAAGAAGAGGAACAACCUCAUCCCCAUCGUCCGCUCCUUUGCUGAGGUUGGCAAGAAGCAGUCUGACCCGCAUUCCAUGGACAGAGAUGGGCAAACCGUGUCUCCUCAGUCUGCUCCAGCUACAAACCUUGAAGUAAAGAAUGGCGGGAACUGUGAGCACAGCCCUGUGGAUUUAAGCAAGGUGGACCUUCAUUUCAUGAAAAAAAUCCCCACGGGGGCAGAGGCCUCCAAUGUCCUGGUUGGAGAGGUGGAUACUCUGGACCGGCCCAUCGUUGCCUUUGUGAGGCUGUCCCCAGCUGUGCUCCUCUCUGGUCUGACAGAAGUGCCCAUCCCAACGAGAUUUUUGUUUAUCUUAUUGGGCCCAGUAGGAAAAGGGCAGCAGUACCAUGAGAUUGGCAGGUCCAUGGCCACCAUCAUGACGGACGAGAUUUUUCACGAUGUGGCGUAUAAAGCAAAAGAACGGGAUGACCUCUUGGCAGGGAUUGACGAGUUCCUGGACCAGGUGACAGUGCUUCCGCCGGGAGAGUGGGACCCGUCCAUUAGAAUUGAGCCACCCAAGAAUGUCCCUUCCCAGGAAAAAAGGAAAAUGCCUGGCGUUCCAAACGGAAACAUUUGCCACAUAGAACCGGAACCACAUGGGGGACACAGUGGGCCAGAGCUUGAGCGGACUGGGCGGCUGUUUGGGGGCUUGGUGCUGGAUGUCAAGCGGAAGGCUCCCUGGUACUGGAGCGACUACCGGGACGCUCUCAGCUUACAGUGUCUGGCCUCCUUCCUGUUCCUGUACUGUGCCUGCAUGUCGCCUGUCAUCACCUUUGGGGGACUGCUGGGAGAGGCCACAGAAGGACGCAUAAGUGCAAUUGAGUCGUUGUUUGGAGCGUCCAUGACAGGGAUUGCCUACUCUCUGUUUGCUGGACAGCCUCUCACCAUCCUGGGAAGCACCGGGCCCGUGCUGGUGUUUGAAAAGAUUUUGUUCAAAUUCUGCAAGGACUACGCCCUUUCGUACCUCUCCUUGCGUGCUUGCAUCGGGUUGUGGACUGCCUUCCUGUGUGUCGUCCUGGUGGCAACCGACGCCAGUUCCCUCGUCUGCUACAUCACCCGGUUCACCGAGGAAGCCUUUGCCUCCCUGAUUUGCAUUAUUUUCAUUUAUGAAGCCAUAGAGAAGCUGAUUCACCUGGCGGAGACCUACCCCGUCCACAUGCACAGCCAGCUGGACCGCCUGAGCCUCUAUUACUGCAGGUGCGUGCUCCCGGAGAAUCCAAACAACCACACCUUACAGUUCUGGAAGGACCACAACAUCCUGACUGCAGAAGUGAACUGGGCAAACCUGACUGUCAGCGUUCGCUCCAUGGUGAGUGACUUCGCUGUGUUCCUCACCAUCUUCACCAUGGUGAUCCUUGACUUUCUGAUUGGCAUCCCCUCGCCAAAGCUUCAGGUUCCCAGUGUGUUCAAGCCAACGAGGGAUGAUCGAGGAUGGUUUAUUAACCCCAUCGGCCCCAACCCCUGGUGGACCGUGAUAGCUGCUGCUAUCCCAGCUCUCCUGUGCACGAUCCUGAUCUUCAUGGACCAACAGAUCACCGCUGUCAUCAUUAACAGGAAGGAACACAAGCUCAAGAAAGGCUGUGGCUACCAUCUGGACCUGCUCAUGGUGGCUGUCAUGCUGGGAGUCUGCUCCAUCAUGGGCCUGCCUUGGUUUGUGGCUGCGACCGUCCUGUCCAUUACACAUGUGAAUAGCCUCAAGCUGGAGUCCGAAUGCUCUGCCCCGGGGGAGCAGCCCAAGUUCUUGGGCAUCCGAGAACAGAGAGUCACGGGGCUUAUGAUCUUCGUGCUGAUGGGCUGCUCAGUCUUCAUGACGGCUGUCUUAAAGUUUAUCCCGAUGCCAGUGCUCUACGGGGUUUUCCUCUACAUGGGAGUCUCUUCUCUACAAGGAAUCCAGUUCUUCGACCGUCUGAAGCUUUUCGGGAUGCCUGCAAAACACCAGCCAGAUUUCAUCUACCUGCGGCACGUGCCGCUGCGCAAAGCGCACCUCUUCACCCUCGUCCAGCUCACCUGCCUCGUCCUGCUCUGGGUCAUCAAGGCGUCACCGGCUGCCAUUGUUUUCCCGAUGAUGGUCCUGGCCUUGGUCUUUGUCAGGAAAGUCAUGGAUCUCUGCUUCUCCAAGCGGGAGCUGAGCUGGCUGGACGACCUCAUGCCCGAGAGCAAAAAGAAGAAGCUGGACGAUGCGAAGAAGAAGCAGGAGGAGGAGGCUGAGAAGAUGUUAGACAUUGCGGGUGAUAAGUUCCCCCUCGAAAGCCGCAAGUUGCUAAGUAGUCCUGGCAAGAACAACAGCUUCAGAUGUGACCCUUCUGAGAUUAAUAUAUCAGAUGAAAUGCCUAAAACCACGGUCUGGAAGGCUCUCAGCAUAAAUUCUGGAAAUACAAAAGAAAAAAGCCCCUUCAUUUGAGAGUCUCUGCUGGGUGGAAGAUUUGGGCCGUGAGGUGCCUCGGAGAUGCUCUGGGUUUUGAGAAAAUGGUGAGUCUCUCUGGGAAGAAGCCAAGCUGAGUCUGGCCCUGUUCUUGGUCAUCUCAAAGCCAUGCCACAUGGAAGCACUCAGUCACUCUCGGUGUGUGUUUUGGAGGACAUCCAGCUACCUGCAUACCAGCAGCCAGGCACCAGCCGGGCCACCACCAUGGGGCCACCACCUGCUGCCUCUUUCCUUUUCCUUCUUUCUCCUCAGAGCUGCCACCAUUAAAGAGCCAGCUUCCAUUUUCAGACAUUCUCUCUGAUACUCUGCUGGCCUGUUAAGCCACAUGAGUCCAUUCUGUCAAGGAAGAUUCUUUUCUGUGGUCCCUCUCCUGAGCUA